CAUGCCAAAUAUCCGAAUCGCCACCCACUUUUUAUUCUUAAAGCAUUCAUUUUUCUUACUUUUCUUUCACGAAAUUUGAAUGCUUUUCUUGGUCUUCUUCACAUUUUGGACAGACCCAAGUUGCCAAAAAAUAGUUGCUUCUCUGGAUAAUUUAGAUACCCAGUUUUUGGCAUCAAAGAUGGGCUCUGGGGUUUGGUUUAAGAAUAUAAUCAGCAAAAAGAAGGUGAAAAGCACCAGAUCAGAAAAAUUCAAGAGAUAUUCAGCACCUGAAAAAUCAAAGGGGUACAAGGAGGAAAACAGCUCUAGGAAAGGGGUCCCUACAUUUGCAAAUGGUGCUUCUGCCAUAAGUCGUGGGCUUAUUUGCUUCGCCUCCGAGGAUAUUGCUGCCGCUCGAAUUCAGACUGCAUUCCGGGCAUACAGAGUAUGUCAUAUUCCUUGUUAUGUUCAUUUCUACCAUCUUAGCUUUCGUGGCAUAUUUUUAAUUCCCUUAAUUCUUCCUUUUCCCCUGCCACAAUUGUUGGGAGGGAUUAAAACAUAAGAUUAUGUUCAUUUC